AUGUUGGCGAAGGCUGUGGCUUGCUGUCCAAGGUUACGGUUUGUGCUGCAGCAUGCUGAUCAAGGCUGUGGUUUGUGCUGCUGGCCAAGGCUACGGCAUGUGCUGCUAGCCAAGGCUACGGCAUGUGCUGCUAGCCAAGGCAGUGCCCUGUGUUGUAGCAUGCUAGUCAAGGUUUUGGCUUUCUGGCCAAGGCUGUGGCCUAUGCUGCUCGCCAAGGUUGCGGCCUAUGCUGCUGCAUUUGUGGCCUGUGCUGCUGCUUGGGCUGCUGCCCUGGCUGUGGCCUGUGCAGCAGCCAGUGCUGCUACCUUGGUUGCGGCCUGGGCUGCUACCUUGGCUGUGGCUUAUACUUCGGUCCGUGCGACUGCCUUGGCUGCAGCCUAUGCUGCUGCCUUAGCUACUACCUUAGCUAGGACCAGUUCUAUUGCCUUGGCUGCAGCUUGGGCUACUGCGGUGUCUGCGGCCAGUGUUGUGGGCACAACCAGUGCUACUACCUUGGUUGCGGCCUGGGCUGCUGCCUUGGCUGCGACUUAUACUUCGGUCCGUGCGACUGCCUUGGCUGCAGCCUAUGCUGCUGCCUUAGCUACUGCCUUAGCUAGGACCAGUUCUAUUGCCUUGGCUGCAGCUUGGGCUACUGCGGUGUCUGCGGCCAGUGUUGUGGGCAGUGUUGUCGCCUUGGUUGCGACCUGGCCUGGCCUCUGCUGCUACCUUGGCCUGGCCUAUGCUGCUACCUUGGCUGCAGCCUAUGCUGCGACCAAUGUUGCUUCCUUGGUUGUGGCUUGGGCUGUGGCCAGUGCGGCUGCCUUGGCUGCAGCCUAG